AUGCAAUUCACUCUCGCCUCGCUCUCCCUCCUGGGCCUCGCCUCCGCAGCACCCACCCUCACCGCCCGCUCGGUAUCCACAUUCCCCACUUUCAACCUCAUGUACACCCCCAACGGCAACGCUCCCGCCCCUGUGGCCGAGCUCAACAGCGGUACCUGGUAUCUCGCUGCCUCCAACAGCCGCGCAGUCCUGACCUCGGACCUGCACUCGGCCGGCCUCCUCUACAAGUACGGCACCAACCCGCACAUCGCCCAAGCCGCCGUUGGCAUCACAAUCACGCCCGGCGGCACUGCCACAGUCCCUGAUGGAAAAGCCAUCGAGUUUAUUAACAAUAACGGCACUGCGCCGAUGGAUAUCCAGCUCAAUGCGUCUGGGCUUCCGACACUGUGGCAUAACGGUGGACGGUUCCAGGCUUGCAAGGGAGGUUCCGGGGAGAUCUUCUUGUCGUAUGUACAACCUGGACAGAGGUUUUUGGCGAGUUGCGCGGCGAUCGAGUUGAGGGCCGUGUGCACUGAGCAUGGAGUUGGGGAGCAGUUGAAGGGGCAGCUUGGGAAGAUUAUUGAUGUCGCGUGUGUGCCAGUCAGUGAUUAG